AGGAGCACCUGAAGGCAGCGCGCGACCCCACUAAUACAUCCGGGACAUUCAGCAGUUUCACAUGUCAGUUGCUUCAGCAGCUGUCAAGACUUUCCUGCAUGUGAAGAAGCUGCGGCAGUUACCCUGGUUCUAACCACAUCUUUCGAGAGUAGAGAUGGCGUUGAUGGGAAUUCAGCUGGUGGUCAGCUUGCUGGCUGCAAGCAUAAUGCAGAGGAUGGCUCCACAUUGCUCAUUUGCACGCUGGCUCCUCUGCAAUGGCAGUUUGUUCCGGUUCAAACACCCGUCAGAAGGAGAGCUGUGUGCGCUGGCGGGGAAGCAGAUGCCCAAACAGACCAGGAGAGACAGGAGACAGAAUGGGGAGAGCAAGCCUCUCACUGUGCCCAAAGACAUCGACCUUCACCUGGAGAAAGCUCCGGUCAACGCCAUGGACGCUCUUGUGCUGCGUUUUUUCCUGGAGUACCAGUGGCUGGUAGAUUUUGCAGUCUAUGCAAUGGGUGUCUACCUGUUCACUGAGUGUUACUACACUGUUGUAGAUGCCAGCAAAGAGGUCAAUAUCGGAGCUAUCUGGUGUGUCCUGACUGUUCUCUUCAGUCUAAAGACCCUUCACACUCUGAUGAGCCACUACUUCCGCUCUGAAGAAGGAGGCGAGCGCUCGGUGUGCCUUGCCUUUGGCUUUCUGUCUCUGCUCGUGGCCAUGCUGGUGCUGGUGGUCCGAGAGGACUACCUGGAGUUCGGCCUGGAGUCAGGCUUUUCCAACCUCUUUGACAACUUGGAAGUCUUUGCCAAACAGCAGGGCUUUGCUGACUGGUCAAUCCCAGUGACCAAGCUAACAGUGAAGCUGGGUCUGGCUGCUGUCUGUGCUUACAUUGGCGCUCUCCUGGCCUUCCCUGGACUGCGAAUGGCUCAGACUCAUCUAGAUGCUGUACAGAUGAACUCAGACAGCCCACUCAUCCAGAUUCUGCUGCACAUGAGUUUCCUGUCUCCAGUUAUUGUGUUGGUUCUAUGGGUAAAACCUAUUGCAAGGGACUUCCUGGUCAAUGCACCAAUGGGGAAGACCUCUGUCACAAUAGUUUCCAGUGCAGCAUUUGACAGCAUGCGCCUGUGGAUCAUCGUGGUGUUGUGUGUGCUGCGGCUCGGACUGACUCGUUACCACAUGCAGGCCUACCUCAAUCUGGCUCAGAAGUGGGUGGAGCAGAUGAAGAAGGAGGCGGGACGUAUCGCUGCGAUUGACAUUCAAAGGAAGGUCACUCGUAUCUUUUGCUACUUGACUGUAGUUACUCUACAGUAUCUGCUUCCUAUUCUUCUCAUCCUCUUCUCCACACUGGCACUCAAGGCAUUAGGGGACUUCUCCUGGGCGACUGGUGCAGAGCAGCCCCCCGGGGUGACACCAGCACUGGUGAUACCCACAGCAGCACCUGUGCUGCCCAGUGGUCUCGAUGAAGAUGAAGAGGGGAUGGAAGACAUGGAGGAGGACAUCCAGGCCACAGUGGCACGCCUGUCAGAGGCCUUCGUAGCCCUGCGGUCCGUCCUCACUCCACUUUUCUUCCGAGGUUUCUUUGCCUUCCUCACGUGGUGGGUGGCUGCCUGCCAGGUCAUCAGCUCCCUGUUUGGUAUCUACUUCCACCAGUACCUUAUGCAGAACUAACUGAGGAAAACAGUGCCAUAGUGUUCUACCUUCAAUGCAACUCCAGCCCUCAGCUGUUGUUUAUGCUGUUGCAAGGGACGGCUACAGACAACAAAGGGGGCAUUUCAUUAAAAUACACAACUACAGACAGAAUGCACCUUGUUUUUGGCUGUAAUAGGAGUUUUGAUAAAGGUUUGUUAAGAGUAGACGGGCACUGUCUGUUCCAAUAUUGGCUACUUUGUUGCCCUUAUGACUUUUUGUGACCAGCAGGCUACUGGUAUCAAUAACACAAAUGUACAGAGAGAACUCGGGCCUGUGUCGCAAAGCAAGUUCAUUUUAGUCUGGCGCGCUUUGGGUUACCUGGCUUCACUGAGUCAAACAUUAGCAAUUCUUAAUGACUGGUAUCACGAAGCUGGUUAUCAACUGGCUCAGUGUAAUUUUAUAUCAUGGUAAUGGUACAUGUCGCCCUGAUUUGCAUAGCCCUCCUCAAAUAUAUAGCAGAGAUAAAAAGUGUUUCCCUUAGAUUGACUGACUGCUUUUGGGGGGAUAUAACUGUCAAGGUUUAUAGGCAAAACAAUAGUUUUUUGUCAUCAUUAUUAGCUUAAGCCUAUGGCAUUUUACACUGCAUAAAUUAGCCUAGCUGCUAACGGACUUUUCCUCUAUAGUAAUUUGUUAAACAAUAGCUUAACAAAAUACAUAUUAUUUAUACGUUUUCUUUCUCACCAUUAAAAGUCACUGCAUCUCCCAACAGAACACCAUGGUUUUUCAGCGCUAUAUAACGUAACGAGUUGUCGUCAACUCGAGUAAAGUUCAUUUAACCUGUCUCUGGUCUGCUUUGCUUUGCUCCACGCCCCCGCCCUCAGUGAGCAGAGCAGAGGAGAGGAGAGAAACUAGCGCGAAUGUAAAUGACAGCUCUCUCACUGAGCUUAAAUGAAAUAAGUGCACAAUAUUUUGUUUCUUUCUUUCAGGGGGGGAAACGGUAUUGCAGAACCUCUACUGGUGGACACAUUUCUACCGUCGCACGGUAUAUACCGUCAUCACCUAAACCUAGUGCGUUCACGUUAAAGAGGCAGAAUUUUUAAUUACAUGCAACAUCAAAAGAAAAAUGAGUGGAGUAAUAUGACACAGUGAUACCCACAGGGAAAUUAGAUCGUAGUAUCGUAGUACUAAAAGGUGAUAUUCAGUGAGGUGAAAUAUAAUCACACAAGUAGAAUAGGAUAAGAAGCUAUAGCAAUAGGAGGAAUAAUUUCCAAAUCUUCAAAGUAAGGCUUUAAGUAAGUGUAAGAAUUAGACCUUUUUAGAUAUGUCUAUCAUUUUCAACAUCUAGAAAAUGUCAUUUUGGUGACUUUUUGACUCAUGGCGAACAAGCUGUUUUGAGUGAUACACAUAAAAACCGUUAAAGUAAGGCUCUUCCUGCUGCUGAAGCAGAUAGGAUAAGUACAGGUAGACAAAGAAGAAAAGAAAUAAAUGUCUGAUAAGGUCUAUCUGACCGAUAUGUUGCAUUUAUAAUUCACAGAACUAAUUAACAGUGAGUGCAAUGAUGUGCGCAAUUACAGUAAUAAGCAGCUAUAAUAGCCAUUCAUUAGGCUUUUAAUGUGGUAAACUGUGUAUUAAAAGUCCUGUUUUAAACCCGGAGUGGACACACGGCUGUACAAAAUCCAUUUAUUUUAUCUCAUAAUAAGCAGUAAUUCUGCAGCUGUAUAAAAAUGUCUCUAUUGCUCUCUUAUUUGUCACUUUAAUGUAAUGUCAAUGCUUUUGUCCCUUUCGGGAUCCUGAAGAAGUGAUAGGACGGUUUUGAUCUUCUGAAGUAAACCUGCUCCGGAGCUGGUUAGCGUGGUGAACUACCCAGGUUGAAAGUGAGCCAGCUUUGUGAUACUGGAAAACAAGAGCCCAAAGAUAUCCAGCUAACCCACUAAUCUCGCUUUGUGAUAACAGGGCCCUGGUCAUCUUCCAGCUACUUCAGCGGAACAUUUUUCUGCAACUUUUCAGAUGUAUCUGUGCCAGUGUUACCUGAAUUGUUCUGAAUAGAACAUUGUUAAAUGCUGCAUAUAAGAUGUUUAAUUGGUACCAGGGUAAGUAUUAGUACUUAAUCCCUGUAUAGAUAAGAUGUUUUAUUUUUGUGAGGGACUCUUUGUGCCCCUUAAGGAACCGAUUCAAGAGUGCUAAAUGGUUUUUGUUAUCUUUUUCUGCUUGCAAAUAAGUAGUAAAGCUCAAAUCCGUCCUAUUGAAUUAAACGCAGCUGAAGGUGAAUCAAAACUGUGGCUGUGUAUUAGCCCAGAACUGGUGGGCUGUUGCUUUUAUCUAAAGAGUUUCCUUCAGAAUUCCUAAGUGCCUGGGAGCUCAGGGAUUUUGAGUGGAUUUUAAAAUCUCCUUUCUGCCUGAUUAUUUAGAAUGAAUAGAUUCUGUUGAUAGAUAAAAUGAACACUCCAAACACAUUUCUGUUUUUUCCUUUUAUUUUCAAACACUAGUCACAGGCAGCAUUUUUAUUUGCAGUGUCUUAAUUAGCUACAUCAGUUUUUAGUUGUAUUUUCUUUGUUGCUGUUUUUAUAGCCAGCCGGUCAUGUCCAUGUAAGAUUAAUCAAAGCCCACUCAGAAUAUGUUUUGCACCAGGGGAUUUUAUUUAUUUAUUUAUGAUACAUUGCCUCAAAUAACGUUUGUUAUUUAGAAAUGAUACAGAUGCUGCAUUUCUGUACAUUUUUGUAUUCUGUUUGUGGCAGUUUUUGAUUUUCUGUGUGUGUUUUUUAGAUAGUGUAUUUAAAUUGAAUGCUCUGAAAGCAUACUGUGAAGACCAUAUGAAAAUGUUGCUUUUUGAGAUCUUCUGAAUGCAUGGUGUGCAAACUUCUGGCUGUAACCUGAAUAUUUUGUUUGUGUGGCUCAAUAAAACAUUUAUUAUUUUCAGUCUCA